GAUCAGUAGUUUUCUUUCAUUCAUGUAUUUUCAUGCCGGCGGUUAAAUUUCGGUAUCAGAAGUCGCGCAAUAAAUUCAUUGGAAAAUUGCGGUUUAUUCGAACAACUACAAGCAAUUAUGUAGUGUAGCAACUGUGGUAAUCUAUUUCUGUGAUAAAACCCGGGAAAUAAGUGUUUAGUUUGUUAGUGAUGGCUACGGAACUGGAGCGGGUGCUUUCUCUGUUGAAAGGAUGCAUUGACUCGCAACAUGCCGCCAAAGCGAAGGAAUGCAUUGUUACCAUCGGUGAGCUGGUUCUCGCCGGCGAGGGACAAAGUUCAGCUGAAACAGAAUACUACCUGGACACCUUUAUCAACUCCCCCAACGGUGUGCUGGCGUUCCUCCGGCGUUCGAUCAAAGCGUCCGGACGCUUCCAGAAGGCGAACGAAGAGAUAUUCGAAUUGCUUCGCCGGUUGAUUCAGAAGCACAGCCAACUGGUUCGGAAAUCGGUGGAAAGUGUUGUCCGCGAGUGCGUCCGGUAUGUUCAGUCGUCGUCGUCGGUCAGUGCGCGGGAACGGGAACUGGGUACGGCCGUUAUACAGGAUUUGUUGGUUUAUAAGUGUUUGGAUGAGCAGUACGACAUGAGUCAGCUGCUGGGCGAUUUGCUGAUGGUGUUCGAUCAGCGUGGUAAGCUGACGCACCGUUUCCAGCAGAGUUUGUUCGAGUUGAUCGGAUUGAUGGCGAAGGAUUUCCCGGAGUGCGUUUCGGAAGCGCGUCAACGGAAAAUCCUGGACAACAUGAUGCGCGUAGCCGAGGGUCAACUGCUAGAGGAGAAUUAUCCCUCGUUGGUUUCGUUGGCGGGGGCAUUACAGGGGUUGACCCUCUUUCUGGUCAAUUUUGCACCUGGCGAUGCGGAGGAGGACGGUGACCUGAAGCGGCGAAUUUACCUGAUCGUAAAGAAAUUGUCCGACUGGGACGAGGCGGUGAAGGAACGGCAGGCUUUCAGAAACGCCCUGACGCUUCUGGAACGCCACAGUGCCCUAUUCUCACCGUUCCUCUACGUCGACUACGUACACUGGCAGAACAUUCUAACCACCAAAUGGCUUCGAUCAUCGGUGGAAGAUCGCAAGGUUGCGAUCUUCGCCUUACAUUCCUUCCACCGUGAAAUAGCUCGCCAACUGUUGGCCCGAGAAGACCUUGAAGAAUCAACGUCCACCGCUGCUGGUUCGACAGAAGCUCGCGAAGCCCGCGUAACGGUACUGAACUACUUCAUGAAGUACUUCAAGAACGUCCUGAUGGCAACCGGAUCCAAGCCCUACGAGAUACGGGUUGCCAUUCGGGGGUUCGGUUCGAUGGCGGAGGCCUGCAGUUGUCUGAUGUCGGAGGAGUACAUGAACGAACUGCUGCUCCUGGUGAUGCAGCGAACCGAGUUCGUGUACCUGGUGGAGGAAAAGUCCAACGAACUGUUGGAACAUUUGCCGGACUUCGUCCAGGCUCUGUCGGACAUUAUGGGCCACGUGCGCGAGUUGACUGGAGUGCAGAUCGUGGCGCUGCAGAACAUCAUCAUCGGGCUGGUUAAGGAUUUCCACUAUCUGAGCAGUUCGUACCAUGAGCUGAUUGUGAGUUCUCUCAUGAAGACUUUUGGCAAUUUGGGGAAACUCGGCGGAGGGGUUUUGGAUAGUUUGCUGGAAAAGGUUGUUCUGAGAGGGAUCAUCUGGAGUUGCUCGCACAUGCUUGUGGUCGACGUGCAUCAGGGUAGAGGGCCGGAGGAAAACUCAAAUUGGAAAGACUACAUAACGUACAGGAAUUAUCUUCCGUUGUGGAGAGGUCUGCUCAAGCCGGGGUCCAGUUUGAGUUUGGACAGGGGUCCGCUGAUCAAGGUCAUCUACACUCAGUUGAUGAAGACUUUGUUCCUGAUUUUGGACAAACUGGAUUUGAGCACUCACAAACGAACGGUCAAGGAUGACUCCGGAGAGGAUCAGGACGUGUUCUUCUGUGAUCCGAACAUCGAUUUGGUUCCGGUGAAGCCGAAAGAUUUUCACAUUUUCUUCAACGUGGUUGAUUUGUAUCAGGAUUUGCUACGGUACAACGAAAGCGUGCGGGAUCACUUUGAGGAAUGGAUACCGAUUUAUUUCGACUACAUGGUUAGGAAGUCCCUGAAACAUCCGCUGGUCAGCGGAUUUGUGAAGCUGAUCGAUCUGGGACUGUUUACAGCUAAUCAUCUUCAGUACUUUCAGAGACAACAAAGUUUUUCAACAAUCUCUACGGUCAACUUGCUGGUCUACUACUUGGAGCUUCAAAUAGCCAAGUCCCGCAACUCCACCGGAGAACUGCAGCUCACUUGUUUGAGAUUCGUCCUGGGAGCUCCCGUGACAUUGCUGGACAGUUUCCUGGAUGAUUCGAAGGACUUGAUAGAAGUACUAUGCGUCGCUUUCCAACAAGGGAAAGGCAUGCUAAGCCUGGCAAAUGCAGCCCUGUCCUGCGUGAGGCGUCUAGUGGCCGAAGGGUCUCCGAUAUCUGCGGAAAAUCGCGAGCGAGUCCUAGUUCAUAUUCUUCCGUUGCUAGACAGCUACCUGCAAACACGUGACGUAGCCCUACCGCCACCGGUCAGCUCCCGGUUGGUCAAGUUCCAGCGCAAACGAAGCGUCCAACUGACGAGCAGUAAGAUCGAAAAGAUCAAACUGCAGCACGCUUUGGAUGCCUCAGAGAGCGAUUUGGUCAAGUUUCAGUUGAAGGUUUUGGUGUUCCUGGGUGAGCUCGAACCGAACGUUUGCACCAGAAUGAUCCUGCGCUCGGAAUUGGACGGCCAGGCUCAGCUACCGCAGGACGUAGAAAGACCACUGGUCCUAUGGGAUUUGGAUUCGAAUCGGAACAUUUCGCUGCAGCUGUUGAGCUCGACCGGAAUCAGGCCUAUAAUCAAGCUGGAUACGAUCAUAGCAAGGGUGUGCUCGUUGGCGGUGAGUUCGAGUGAUAGGAAAACGAAGGUCGCCGCAUGUGAACUGCUGCAUGCGCUGAUCCUCUACAUCAUCGGAAUUCAGUACCAGGACAAGAUGACCAAGCUAUGGACCAAACUGUGUAACCACCUGCUGCAGCUAGCCACCGAUACGGACAUUGCCGUUUGCCAAAUGUUCGAACCGCUGCUCUUUCAAAUCAUUCACUACCUAACUCAACCAUCGAAAAUCGGUCUCAAGGGUACGGAGGUGCUGGCCAACUGUCUGAUGGAGUCCAUAUCGCACCAGACGGACACCAGCGUACGUGAUCUGGCCGCACGUUGCAUACGGGAGUUCCUGUUGUGGACCAUCCGGCAAACGCCUGCCCAGCAGCGGAGUGCUCUGUCCUCUUCAUCCAGUGUCAAUCUGUCGGUUAUGCUCGAGAAGUUGCGGACGUUUAGCUUGGAUUCGAACCCGAACCGUCGUCUCGGGGCUGCCUUGGCGUUCAACAACAUCUACCGUAUUCUUCGGGAAGAGGAGACGCAGAUAGAACGCUGCUGGUUCGAUCUGUUCUACGUGUUUUGCAUGAAUUUCGUGAUGACGGAGGACUUCGACUGCUCGACGACCAAUUUGGAGCAGGUGUCAGCGACGAUCGAUCAUCUGGUGCGGGUGCUUGUGGUGAGAAAGGAUAUGUUCAACCGCGAAAGCAGCGUAAGGAUUGUUCCUAAAGUGUUUGGAGGGUGUUUGUUGAAGGAUCUAGUGUUAUGGCUGUUCGGACAGUGUAGUAGCAGAGAAUCAAGUUACCGACACAAGUGCAUGGAGAUUUUCCCGAAGUUAACAAGUUCUGUGGAUGGUUGUCGCUCUGGAGCGGAUUUUGUUGGAAAAUACCUGAGCGAUCAACAGAUUCUGGAUAUCUGCGAUCACGUCGACACGAUAAACGGUAUACGGAAUGCACCCAAUUUGCAAUUCAUUGCAGAGCGGAAGCUUCCCAUCAUUCUAAACGUGUACCUUUGGUUGGAGUAUUUUGCUGCGAGUCUGGACAUGUACUACUGGUUGAUCAAGCACUCUCUGCUGCGAAACGCCGACGAACUCUUGACCACAUCCAACCUGUUCACCCCGGUAUCGUACUUCCUGGAAACUGUAUCGAACGCUUCGAUGUUCGACCUCAUGACAAUGAUCCGACCUGAUUUCGUAGAAGACAGUCAUGCCAGUAUCGAAUUUCGCGUAUGCACUGACAAGAUAAUCAAGUUCAACUUGCUGAAAUGUACGAUCAUCGUGCGAAUUGUGGAUCUACUGAGCCUCGUGCUACCACUUCGGUGCUGCCGAAGUAUUCCGGACACAUUUUGGGAUUCCGUUGCCGUGUCGCAAUUCGUAGUUGAUCUCGUCUAUCAGCCACAGAAGAUGGGCGUCGAUUUCAAAUCGUGUCGUGAAACAAUGGAGAAAUUCCCCAAGCGGGUCAUAGAUCUUCUGGACAAAAUUGAAGCAUUCGAUAACCUACAGUUCAAAGAAACGGUCUACCAUAAAUUAUCUGAGAAGCUCAACGACUCCAUGAUGGACAUUACGGAUCGUGUAGAAGAUUUGAUGAGUUCGGAAACAAUAGGAUUACAGGACAGCAACUGUGCAAAGGGAAUAUUGAUGAUCGCCCAGCGGUACACGGUGUUCAAGCGAUACUUCAACUCUGGGACGGUGGAUUUUCUGGAAACGGCGUCAAACAAAAUUCUUCACAACAUUUUCGGUGGUCUGAAGAAGGAAAGGCUAGAAGAACUAUUUGUAGUUGAUUUGACACCAUCGGUGAAAAGAUUCUUCUCUUGCGUGCUCCAUAUUGUCCUGUUGUUCAAAUCCUCGGAUACGAUCGAGCUCUUGGUAGACUGCAUGCUCAACGAUCAACAGCUAAGGCUGUUUCAGCAGUCUGUAAACUCCACUAUCUUGCAUGGUGAGCACUUUGUUAAUACGUUCGAUGGAGUCAUUUUCGAAUACGUUAUACAGCGUCUGCCAGAGAGCUUGAACUUGAUCGUUGAUCGCCUGAAUGCUGACAACUUUCCUGUGAUCGUCAAGUGGUUGUGUAACUUUUUGGAGUUCAUUUAUCAGAGGAAACGUUCUGAGGUUAUCGCACUGAGAUCAGUUAGCGAUUUUCUACUGGCAAAAUGGGCCCCAAUCUGCGAUAAAGCUACAGAAAUAGACAACAAGUUUGGAUCGACUGAUCUUCGGUUGAUCGAGUUCAUGUCUAACCUUGCAAUGGCCAGCCCAUUUGCACUGGGUGACAUCGGGCGUAAGGCUGUUGGGUUCGACCGUUGGUUGCUGAACUUGAUUGGAAAUGCUCAAAAUUCUCUGGACUUAAAAGCGAAGGCCAUGUUUCUGCUUCCAACCCUAGUGGGAGAGUCGGAUUUUGAAAAAGCAAACGUAGCGGAAGCUCUACAGAAGAUGCAAAAUCAGCAUUUUCCGCUGCGUUCAUCGGAGUUCAUCUCGAACAGCGCCGAGAGAGUUAGUUUCGAGAACUGCCUUGCGGCUCUGCUGGACGCCAUGGUCGUUUCCAAAUCUCCGGUUUUGCUGAAAGCCGUUAUUGAUGCAACGGCAGCUGAUGCUGAACACAUAGCUGAGCAUAAGAUCCGGAUCGCCCUUGAGAAGUAUAUGAGUAACCAAAACAGCAAUCAACAAUGCUACAACUUGAAGCAGAUAUUCGCUAAGUUUCGUGAGGAAAGCCUGGAGCCCAACAUUAGACUCACGAUGCUGAAGCGAUACCUCGUUACUGCAUUGCGAGUUUGCAACGUCGAAACGAUCUACACAUUCUACAAGCUCUACAUUAAGAACAUCAACGACAUGAUCCGCAGUAAUUACGGCCAGUUUGGCUCCGGUUGGGAGGCUGAACACGCACUCGUCAACCGCCUCGGAGGCUACCAGUUGAUUGAACUGUACGUAGCUAUUCUCCAGCGGGACUACCUGUUGACGGAUGACUGUAUCGUCGCCAAGGCGUUGUACGGCGAAAGUGGAAAAAUACCGGGAAACCGAUUGAUCACCGAUUUGACAAAGAAAGCGUAUGCCGCUCGUUCGGAAGUGUUUCUCACUCCGGAUUCGCCAACAGCAGAACUGUUCAGAAAGUAUCAGUGCGCAGCCUACCGAGCUCUGGCCGCCAUCAUCAGCAACACCAAAGAAGAUCUUCAACUCUACAACGUGUUGCUGUUCAGAGAAAACCCCGAUAAAAACGAAUUUAUCUGGAGGAAGCUUGUCAAUUGCACCGAGGCACACUUGUACGAUGACUUCAAUCAAGAACUGGAAGAUUAUCCCAAGAUCAGAGACAAAAUCGUUUCAAUUCAGCGAUUGACCUCCAGUUCGGACAAGUCGAGCAGUAAUCGUUUCAAAUACAUUCAAAUGACAAGCGUAUUUGAAUCGUCUCUCAGUCAGGACGUCACCAAACUAGAUCUCAACUAUUCUGUAGUUCGAACUACACAGGAGAUGGCUAGCAGAGAAGCUGAAGAGUUCGCUGCCCUAAAGCAGCAUCGAACUACCGUAUCGUUGGAAAGAUCCAAGAUUAAUGAUCAUGAGGUUAUGGCAACGAUCUGCGCUGUCAUCCAACAUAUGCACGAGAACAAGAUCACACCGGUCGUUGAGGGAGCUAGGGCUACGCCACCUCCCUGGGUAAAAUUUUUAGCGACGUCCUUGCGGGAUCAAAACCAAAACCGGAAUGUACGACUUUUCCUGGCCAAGGUGAUCGAUAAUUGCCGCACAUGGUUGAAACCGUACGCUGCUACGCUCAUCCCACCAUUGAUGCAGGUGAUCGUGGACGAGUGCAUUGCUUCGCAGUUGAACACUUUCGUUACGGACCUGAUUGCGUUGAUCUUGGAGUGGAGCGAUCAGUCAUAUCAACCGGCUAGCGUCGAUGAGAUCAGCCUGGCAUCCGGUUUAGUGAAGUUUGUGAUGCGGAACUGUUUCCAUCCGAGAAGGGAGGUGUUUCGACUGAAUCUGGAGUUGGUCAAAAGAUUGAUCGAACAGUGGAAGGCAGUGAUCAGCGUACCGGUACAAUUGCUGUAUGACAUGAUAGGGCCAACGCAGGAUCCCGAAUCGGCACAGAACAUCGGUGGCUUGCAGUUGAACGCUAUCGUCAUGGCUAAUGGGCUGGUUCCGUGGACAGAAACUGCCAAAUUUGACUUCAUUCGGGCAAUCUUCAGAUGCUUGGAUUCCGAAAAGGCGGCUGUUUAUCGACCUGCGGCGGAGCUGUUGGGAAUGUGUCUGAGUAACUUGUACCCCGCCGGAGAGGAGCGAGAAGAUGAAAGAUAUCAAAACGAGUUCGUGGCAAAAUUGAUAACAACGCGGAAACGCCAGGAAAAGAAGUUCAUGGAUAUCAUCUAUGGUAUUCACAAAGCGUUCCCUACAAUCGUGGACUCAUUCCUGGCUGUUAUUACGAAUGCCAUUCCAAACACGAAUGGAGCUCCCAAGAAGGUUCUACUUGAGAUGUUACUUUCGCGAAUUGAAGUCUACAAAGAGCAAGUUCACCGGGAGUUGGUGUCUUUGGAUAUGAAGGGAAUGCUUAAGGAUCGUCAAUAUCAGCUACUUGCUCUUCAUCUCAUCAACAAAUCUUUGUCCCUAAUGUCGGGUGAGAAUCUAGAAAAUUUACUCGAAAGCGUAGUUUUCAUGACAAGCAACGAUCGAAUAGAAGUACGUGAUAUUGUGUACGAGAUCCUCAUAUAUCUUCAAGAGAACUCCCUGUCCACACUUUCCUCGGAAAGCCAACAGAAACUGAAACGUGCCCUACUCGCGGGUCUCAGUGAUCCUGAUCAGGCGAUACAGAACCGGAUGUUCGACUUCUGGACAAACGAAACCCGUUUUCCAACCGAUAUCGAUAAUCGCUUCCGUCGCGUCCUAUCCGACCUGUAUGAACCUUCAAAGGAAGCAGACUACCUCGGUUAUGCCACCCAAAUUCUACUCGACUCAGCCGUCAAAAACCCGGAAUCCAAGCGAAGAAUUUUCCAACACGAGUACGAGACAGACGUCAAACUAAGGGAGUACGCGAUCGAUACCCGCUGGAGACAGCGGAAUUCAUUCGCGUCCGCUCCGCUGUUCGUUGAAUCCCAGCAACGUCUGUUCACGGCUGGAGAUGGUUCACAAAUGGAGCGUCUGAUCAAGGCCACGCAGUUCGGCGAGGAAGGCGCCUUGUUCGAACCCACACUGGAUCCGAGCGUGAUCACUCAACCGUCUACCAGUUUCACGCUUCCCACACAGCAUUCCCUGAUGUUCGAGAUCAAUCCACCGAUUUUGGAUCGCCGGUCAAGGAGAACUGUCAGUCAGGCUGGGACACCUGCUUCAAGAAGUUCUCAAUCCUACGAGAGUCUACGGAAGCGAAUUCUCAAAGACAAAGACAGAUCGGCGCGCGAUCAAGCACUGAGGGCGAUUGAUCGGUAUAGCUAUGAAACCACCAGGAAAGCGGAAAGCCACAAAAUGAAGCAAGGUGAGGUGGUCCUGUACCGACGGUAUCGAAUCGGGGAUUUCCCGGAUUUGCUCAUCAACAGUUUGGCGCUGUUGAUGCCGUUACAAGCUCUCUGCCGACGGGAUCCUCCUUUGGCCCGGCAGGUGUUCGUUGCCAUAUUCUCCGGCAUACUGGACGAGUGGGAUCAGAACGAGCUUGACUCUCGGGAAGCGAUCGCCGCCAUCGAUGGGUCUAUUCAGCAGAUCUUCACCGAAACCAAGAACUGUGAUCCUAACCUUUUCGGAGCGUUGAUCGAGGUGGCUAUGAUGCGUCCCAAGCUGUUCAAUCUCCCGGCCGAAGGCGUAACAACGGUAGCCAGCGGGGCGAACAUGAUGACCAUGGGUGUAUUGUAUUUGGAGAGUAAGUUGCACGAGUACGACUUUCCAAAGAUGUCGAUCAGUUCUCGCUCGUCGUCAGUCACGCUGGAAGCUCUUCAUUGGAUCAAACUCGCUGAACUGAAUCAUGCGUUGAACGAAUACGACAUUCUUGGUGACAUAUUUUCGGACAAGAUGGAUAGUGAUCCUCGACUGAGAGAAGCGAUCGAAUUGGAGAGCAGUGGAAACUUUUACAAGGCUCGCGAACUCUACCUUCAAAUGAUUCGGGACAACCAAUCGCGAGUGGCCGAACAGAACUUCUGCUACCAGUCGUACUUUAACUGCUACGCUCAGAUGGGGAUGUGGGAAGACUUGGUGCCGAUCUUGGAACGGCAGGUCGAUGGAAAUAUGGAGGAAUUCUGGACGGACGAAUGGAACUUGGAGAACAUUCUGCCGAAAUAUGUCCACUCCAAUGCGCGCUUGAACCUGGCAGGCGAUGAACGUGGACGACGGUUUAUAGGAUUGUUGGAAACUUGGAUGCGUGUCCCCGAUCGGAUGGAUUACAUCAAAUCAAACUUUGGCGAGGAGAUAGCUAUGUUGCAGAUUGCCAGUGGCGAGUACUCCCGGGCCAAGAUGUACUCGAACCAAGUCAUGCGGCAGUUUUUGGAAGAGUGGAGCUAUUUGGAUGUGCUAUCGGACAAGCUACGCGUGCAGAAACUUCUGGAUAUUCGAAAAGUUUCGGAGAUCUACUCAUUCAGCACCCUUCUGAGCAAUCGGAUGGAGGAGAACCAGCUGAAGAAACUGGCGUUCAACUGGAAUAGCUCAUUCCCGACGGUUUCCGAUUCGCCGACCGUUUGGGACACUCUGCUUGUCUAUCGUAAGUUCGUGUUGAAUAAGUUGGAAAGCCUACUGGAAGCGUCUGCCGACGAUCGUCUGCAUCAGAUCGACUUCGUCAAACAGUUUACGGACGCAAUAUUCGCGACGGAGCUGCGGCUGCUGGAUGCGGCUUUCGGGCAGAAUAACUACCGAUUCGCGAAAAAGAUUGUCAAGCGGCUGGAUGUGGUGAAAGAAGAGCAAAGCGAACGGGGCUAUCGUUGGCGAAUCGCUAACCUUAAGUUACGGCGGCUUGGUGAGAUGGAGAGCGGUGCACAAGCGGCCGAGAGUUUUCAACGGUUGGAGAUCAUCUGGCAAAAGCUGAAGACAGUCGUUGGAGAGACCGGGUUGGAGAGCUACAAGACAGUGAAGGUGGCGGGAUUGCACGAGCUAUUCCAGGUGUGCGAAACGUUGCGGGAAGUUAUUAGGAAGAAUCCGCAGUUGGAUGAAGGAUCGCUGGAUGUUCAGCUGGCUGCUAGUUCCCGUGAAAGUUUGCAGAAAUCUAUCGAGGUGUUGAGUGAAGAAUUGUUCGAUGACAGUAUCGGCAGAUCAACAGAUGUUACGCUACUGGCUGACUGUCAUUUCAAGAUGGCGCAGUUCUGUUACGAUCAGCUUGAAGUUGAAGUUCUUGGUGAGACCUUGGACCUCGAACGCCAACUUGUUACCGCCCUCCUCGCUUCCAUGCAGUAUGGUUCGAAACCCGCCCGACAGCUAUUCCCCUGCCUGCUUCAGCUUCCCUUCCUGCAGGAUGGAACACUCCAUGACUGUUUCAUCGAAGCCAGUCACGCCGUCCCCGAGUGGAUGUUCCUGCGGUGGAUUCCGCAAAUUCUAUCGUUUGUUGAUUUCUCACAGCAGAACUCUUUUCUGGAAACCCUGUUGACGCGUAUUGCCACCAGCUAUCCAAUGGCCCUGUACUACCCGGCCAAAAUGAACUUCCAACGGCAUCAGGCCAGAUCUGGCAACAACACGAGCCCCUUUGCAAGCAGACUGAUGGAAUUGUUGUACAUUCCGAAGUUGGACCGCUUUGUGAGCGAACUAACCCAGGUCGUCAUUCCGUCGAUGAAGGUCUCGAAAAUUAUAAUCGAUGUACGUAUGGCGUGUUGCCAGUCGAAUGAGGAAUUCCACAAACUGGUGAACGAUCUGGCAGGAGAGGCCUUCCCAGAAAACUCUCCCGAUUUGGGUCGAGAACAUCAGAAGCUGAUUCCUCUGAAGGCCGAAUGGUUGAAGUUACUGGAGUUCGACUGGAGCCAAACCGAAGAAAUACAGCAACAUUUGAAUUAUCUGAAGGACAAAGUAUCUCGAAUGGUACCGCGCCAAACAACCCUGGAGCUUGGCAAGUACUCUCCCUGGUUGGCGGGCUACCACUUCAACGAACGGGAAGAAAUGCUGGAGCUACCCGGACAGUACAACAUCGACCAUAAGCCGAACGUGUGCAAUCAUGUUAGAAUUGUGAAGGUAUGCACCGAACUGGAACUGUACAAAACGUUGCGAAACCCGAUCCGGAUCCGCAUCAACGGCAGCGACGGCAAGUCGUACGACUUUCUGGUCAAGUAUGGGGAAGAUCUACGUCAGGAUCAGCGCAUUCAGCAACUGCUGGGUACCAUUUCGAAUCAGCUGGCACUGGACCGUCGCUGCAAGGAACAGCAGCUGUCGGUACGAACCUACGAGGUAAUCCCUAUUCGGGUCGAUUUUGGCAUCAUCGGAUGGCUGUCGAAUACUUCGUCGAUAAAGACUGUAGCCGUACGAUCGAUGAUUCGGUUUAAUCCGGACGGAGACGUUUCCGGGGCGAUCACCACUGAGUACAUGCAGUUUUUGCGCGAAGCUAGCGGGUUAUCCGGAAGCUCGCACCCUCCGCUGUCCAAAUUGUACGGGAAAGUUGCUGCCACUUGCACACCGGAAAGGAUCGCCCUCAAAUUCGACGAGCUGCGGUACAAAAUCAAGGAGGACACCUUCAAGCGUGCCCUGUUCGAGAUGGCCGUUUCGGCGGAAUCGUUCUACAGCUUGCGAGCAAACUUCGCCAAAAGUCUCAUGGCCAUGAACGUGUCCUGCUGGAUCCUGGGCAUCGGUGACCGUCACACGUCCAAUGUGCUGAUCGAUCGCAGCAACGGAAAGUUGGCGGGAGUGGAUUUCGGCAUCGCGUUCGGAGCCGGCACGCGAGACCAGGGCAUUCCGGAGAUGGUACCCUUCCGGCUGACGCCGCAGUUCGUGAAUGUCAUGGAACCGAUGCGAACCUCCGGAAUGAUGCACAAGUAUAUGGUUUAUACUCUGCGGUGUCUGCGGGAGUCGCGUAAGCUGCUGAGAUCCUGCUUGGAGGUGUUUGUGCGGGAGCCCACGGUGGACUGGUUGGAAGCGGCCCAGCGGAGAUUCGUGCAGGAAGAGAACAAACCGGAACUGCGGUGGGAUCCUCAGGCCCGGAUCAAUAUCGCCAUCCGGAAACUGAACGGAGCCAAUCCGAAGGUGCUAAUUGCGGAGGAAUUACGACUCGGUCAGGUAGGUUGUAAUAGGGAGAUUUUGGACGGGUAUUUGAAGCUUCUGAAAGUGGGAGAUCCUCUGCUGGAGUCAGGAAACUUAACGGCAGAACAGCAGGUUCAGUGUUUGCUGAAAACGGCUACUAGUGGGGCUGUGCUGGGUAUUACCUAUGCCGGUUGGUUCCCGUGGUUUUAAGUAUUAUGUUUAUGUUGUUAGUUGGUUGAAUCUACACCUAAUAAAAUCAUUUAGUUAUACAACAA